CAUCUGUGAGCUAACACGUGUCUGAUAGUAGUCGUCACUUUCUUAUCCGCUUCUAUACAGUCCACUACUGAUCGGGAAAAAGAUGGCGACUAUGGCAGCCAUUGUCGCUCCCUUCUCCUUUUCCUCAUUGUUAUGCUCGUCUCCUUCCUCACAAACUUCUUGCUCUUUCAUACAAAGACCUCGAUUCUCUUUCUCCUGCCGCGCCUCAUUAUCGUCGCCACCGCAACACGGUGGCCGAACUGGUUUUAUGGACUUCCCGUACGUCUCCGCCCCACACAAAGAUCUUAUGGUAGAUCUUGUAUCCACCGUCGAAAGUCGGCUCGGUUCUUUACUUAAUCCUUGCAGCCUCCCGCCUGAUGUACAGUCUUAUCAGAAUGAAACCGGAACAGCUCAUGCUGCUCUCCAUCUCAGAUCAGGCGUCCAAUCCUCUCAGAUUGAUUUCAUAUUGGGAAGUUGGCUUCACUGUGAGUUACCAUCAGGAGGAGCUUUGAACAUUACAAGCCUGUCAGCCUAUCUAAACUCAUCAACCGAUGCACCCAACCUAAAGGAACUCGUAUUGAACCCUGAUUAUCUCAAAACAUUCUAUGAAGACACUCAACUGGAUCAACACAGACAACAUCUCGAGAAGCUCUCAGAGAAACAGAACAGCUGGAGGAAAUGA